AAGAUUUAUUAAAAUGUCCAUUUAUAUGGUAUAUACAUUAAUAUUUGUUAACAACAGAGUAGUUCUAUGCCACAGUAUGGCUUACAAAAUAGGAGUAUAACUUGGUUACUCUAAAAUGAUAAUCUCUUGUAAUUCUGUAAUCUGUAGUUUGUGAUAUUCAUGUUCAUUUAAUACAUUUAAAUUUACUAAGUUUGUAAUUCGUAAAAUCUACUUUAUUAUUUAUUGAGCUGUGAAGGAAGACUGAACUGCGAAAAAAAUAUACUUUGCUCAGAUAUUUAUAACAAUGAAGUAUUUUUGUGUGUUGUAUGUGUGUAUAUCUGAAUAUAAUUAUGACACAUAAUAAUAAUAAUAAUAAUAAUAAUAAUAAUAAUAAUAAUAAUAAUAAUAAUAAUAAUAAUAAUAAUAAUAAUAAUGGACAUUGCAUUGAAAAUGGAUGCAGUGCUCAGAACAUGACUAAGUAUACAUGCCUAAGUGAUGCCAAAGCUUAAUCUUCAGAUAUAAGAUUAUUUUAGUGUUGUCCAUCCACCUACCAUAUUUCUGGGUGGUGAGGGAAAAAAACAGAGAAUCCCAAGGAAGCCAACAUGUGAAACUCUAAACAGACAGACUUGACCUCAGGAUUAAUUCAUCUGGGGAGCUUAUAGCUGUAAUGCCACAACCCUACCUGCUGCACCACUAUGAAACAUAAUAAACCUGAAUCCGGAAUAUAUGUACCUUUAGUUCUUUUUGUUGGCAGUCUGCUUCUGGCAAGAUAGGGGUCUACUGUAAAUGUUAUAUGCUGCAUUUCUGAAGUUUCCUUUACACAGUUUUUUUUCACCAUGUAGAAGUAUAAUUGCUGCUAUGUCACUAAAGAAAAACAACAAAAAUAUAUCUGAAGGAAUGAGUAAUACCCUAAACCAGCACUACGAGGACAAGGUGCGUCCUUACAUUGAUCUUGUGGACAGUCUACGGUCUCUAGGAGUAGAGAAGGACCUGAAUUUGCCAGCCAUUGCUGUUAUAGGUGAUCAGAGUUCGGGAAAGAGCUCCGUAUUGGAGGCCCUUUCGGGGGUGGCCUUGCCUAGAGGCACAGGUAUUGUGACCCGCUGCCCUUUGGUUUUGAAACUAAAGAGAGUUGAAAAUGAUGCCUCAUGGUCUGCAGUUCUAACAUACAAGGACCAAGUGAAGGUUCUUCAAAGACCAUCAGAUGUGGGGAGUGCUGUUUCAAGUGCCCAGAAUGCCUUGGCUGGAAAGGGGAAGGGAAUCAGUGACCAGAUGAUCUCUCUAGAGAUCAAAUCCAGUGAAGUUCCUGAUCUCACCCUUAUUGACCUGCCAGGCAUUGCCAGGGUGGCAACAGGUGACCAGCCAAUUGACAUUGAGAUGCAGAUAAAAGAUCUCAUUGAGAAAUUUAUUAAAAGACAAGAAACUAUUAGCUUGGUGGUUGUCCCUGCAAACAUUGACAUUGCCACCACUGAGGCACUGAAGAUGACAAACAAAGUGGAUCCAAAUGGACAGCGAACCCUGGGCAUCCUUACCAAACCUGACUUAGUGGAUAAAGGUGCAGAGGAGAGUGUAGUAAACACAGUAAAUAACCAGGUGAUCCCACUAAAAAAGGGCUACAUGAUCGUGAAGUGCCGUGGCCAGCAAGACAUCAAUGAGAAUCUUAGUCUGUCUAACGCUCUCCAAAAUGAGAAAAACUUUUUUCAGGAUCAUCCACAUUUCAGACCUCUCUUGGAGGAAAGGAAAGCCACAGUGCCUGUGCUUGCAGAGAGAUUGACCAGUGAACUGGUAAACCACAUUAAUAACUUACUCCCACAGUUGCACAAACAAGUUGAGGACAAAUUGGAGAAAACAGUUAUUGACUUAAGAACACUUGGAGAUGGAGUUCCUAAAGAAGACACUGAGAAAAACAAUUUUCUCAUUAGGAAAAUCAAUAACUUCAACCAAGUCCUUUCAGAUGUGAUGAGAGCAGAGGAAGUCACCCAAAACUCAGAGCCCAAAGUUUUUACUAAUAUCAGGUAUCAGUUUAGAAAAUGGAAAAAGCAACUGGAUGACAAGGCUAUUAGACUUGAGGAAAACAUCCAUGAUGAAGUUGAAGAAUACACCAAGAACUGUAGGGGAAAGGAGCUCCCUGGGUUUGUUAAUUACAGAACAUUUGAAAACAUUGUCAAGAAUGAUGUACAGGAGAUGGAGGAACCUGCUAUACAGUUAUUGAAAGACAUCAUUGUCAUUGUUCACUCCUGUGUGAACAAGUUGGUCAGCUCCCAUUUUGAGGCCUUUCCCAAUCUUCUGAGGGCAGCUAAAGAGCCGAUUGAGGAUCUGCUUGAACAGGAGCAUGGAAAAGCCCUAGAGAAAAUACAUUCUCAAUUUAAAAUGGAGAAGAUUGUCUAUUCACAAGAUGGUCUCUACAGCCUCAAGCUAGAGGCUGUCAAACAGAAAAUGCAGAAGCAACGUUUUCUUACCAUUAAUACAGCCAAUGCUGAUGUCAAGGAGAUGGCUCAGCAUCUAAAUGCCUACUUCCAGAUCACGUCAGACCGUCUGGCCAACCAGGUGCCCCUCAUAGUGCAGUACCAUGUGCUGGACCAGUACUUCUCCCAGCUUCAGACUGCCAUGUUGAGCAUGAUCGGAGGUCAGAAUGCCAUGAAGCUUAUCCGAGAGGAUUCUGGUGUAGCUCAGCGUAGGAGGAGUUUGAAGGACCGAUUAGAGCGUCUAAGAACAGCACGGCAGCUCAUAGCCAAGUUUUUGAUGUCUGUCUCAUAACUGAACUGUAAUUGUAAACAUUGUUAGAUGUUCUAAAUUAUUUUUAGAAUGAUUGUAGAUAAUAGCAUUCCUGCUUUGUUAGAGUUAGCUAAAACAUUAAAUACAUGUUAAUUUGUUAUUUUAUCUCUUAUUUAAGUCAUUAUAUAGAAUCACUUUUAGAAUUCUAAAUGUUGGGCUUGAUUGCAUUGCAUGUAUCAACAAAUUAUUUUAAUCAUUUAUACACUUAUAUGUAGUGUAGACAAUAAAACAUUAUCAAACCA